AUGAUGCCUUUAGAAAGAGAGAUAUCAACAUUGAAACAAUAUUGUUUUCAAUAUUUAUUAAGAAAUCAUGAAAAGAUACCAUCAAAAAAAGUAUCACAAAUUUAUGAAAUCUCAGAUAUUAGAGAAGAAUUUAUAAGUAUGGCAAAGAAAAAGAAUUUAGUGGAUGAUCAAUUCUUUUCAAUUUUUGGUGAAAUAUUUAUAAUUUCAAAUUUAUAUCAUAAUUUACAAAAUAAUAAUAAUAAUAAUAAUAAUAAUAAUAAUAAUAAUAAUAAUAAUAAUAAUAAUAAUAAUAAUAAUAAUAAUAAUAAUAAUAAUAAUAAUAAUAAUAAUAAUAAUAAUAAUAGUAAUACAAAUAGUCAUGAUAGUCAUAAUACUGAAGAUGAUAUGGAUUUAGAUACAACUUCGUCGAUUUCAACAAAUGCACCACUAAUAGAUAUAAAUAAUAAUAAUCAUAAUAUAAAUAAUAAUAAUAACAAUGAAAAUAAUAUACCACAAUUAACAACAAAUACAACAAUUGAUUUAACAAAUAUACAAAAAAUUAAUUUAUCAGGAUUAGCAAGAUUAACUGAUAUUAGUAUUCAAUAUAUUAGUGGAUAUAAACAAUUACAAGAAUUAGAUUUAUCAUUUUGUACUGGUAUUUCAAAUGAGUUUGUAAAACAUCUCUCAAAGAUACCAUUGGUAUCAUUGAAUCUAUUCAAUGUUACCUCUGUAAAUGAUAAUACACUACAAUUGAUAGCCACUUCUUAUCCAACUUUAAAGAGAUUAUUAAUUGGUGGUUGUGGUAAUAUCACUGAACAAGGUAUCAAAUCAUUACUCAAAUGUUCAUUAUUACAAGAGUUGGACGUAUCACAUUGUAAAAAGUUGACCAAUUCAGCAUUGAAGUUGAUUUCAUUCCCAUGUUUAACCUAUUUGAAUGCCUCUUGGUGCUUCGAUUUAACCAGUGGUGAUAAUUGUUUCAAUAAGAUCGCUAAACAAUGCACAAAGUUAACAACACUUAGAAUCGCUGCAAGUGCAAUCAAUGAACAACAAUUGAUCAAGGUAUUAUCCGAAGCAAAGAAAUUAACUUCACUAGAUAUAAGUUUCUGUCCAAAUGCAAUUGUAAAUGUUGAUUCAAAACUCUUCAAAUAUAUGUCCUCCAUUCAAAAUCUUCAUAUAGCCGGUUGCUCCUUUAAAGAACCAAUACUUAGAAAAAUCAUAGAUUCAACUCCCCAUCUAAAAGAUUUAGAUAUCUCUCAUCAAGAUGGUUUACCUUGGUCUUUCAUUGAAUCAAUCAUUAAAGACCCAUCAACUUUGUCACAUUUAAAAACUUUAAAUUUUAGUUUAUCAAAAUUUGAUAAAUUCGAUUCUGAUGCUUUAUUAAAUAUUCAUUCUUUAACUGUCUUCUUCCCAAUAAUUAAAAAUAGUAAUAAAAAAAAAAAGUAA